AUUGCAUCACUUUUCCUAUCUGUAGAAUUCUCCCAAGUUGCCACAACUUGCUGCCAGGCCAGGUUGUCAGAUCGAUCAUCAUCACCCGACAGCUUUGUUCAACUUACCUUCCAAAGUUGAAACCUCGGACGACCCAUCCCAUCAGUCCAGCUACUAAUUUCCCUUUCGGCGCAUUGCCAUUGACAUCACCCUUCUUUCUACCCGUCACAUCACCCAUCUCGGACUCCGUCCAUGCCUUCGCAGCCUUGAAGCUUGGAGCCUCACACCCGGCAACAUGGCCGUUACGGAUGAUAGGAUAUAUCAUCCGACCGACGCUCUAAUCCUCAAGAAACCCAGACGUCACUACCGUGUCGGUCUGCACUGCGAGCAUUGGCAGCUACGAUCGCAGAUUGGCAUCUCGUCUGCACAACAUGUCUACUACGUAGGAGGUAAUGGCAAUACACAGGUCCACAGGCUCGACACUGCAGCCCACGAGAGCGAGGUCGUCAAGCUUCUCACCUUUGUGCCCCGCUGCCUGGUCGCUAGGAACGGCUGGGUGUGUUGCGGCGGAGAGAAUGGCGAGUUUGUCGGUUUCCAGAUGAACGAAGAAGCUGGCGAAAGCAUCGAGGGCAGCGAGCGCGAUCGAGGUAAUCACUUGACGACGACGACCACGGCCGAUUUUGUCUUAAGUUCACUCCGACGAUACAUCGAGAGCGGCGGUCUCGUUGCCCGGUCCAAGACUUUUGGCAAGGAGCGCGUCAACUGCAUCACCCUCUGGUUCCCUCCCAGCUCCGAUGCCGACAGGGCCCGUGGCGCCUACGCACAAUCUGUGGCAGUGCUUGCAAAUAACGACAAGCACGUUACGAUCGUGGGUCUGACCGAUCAGGAGUCCGUGGACGAGCUCUCGUAUCCUGACUACGUCAACCGCGCCCUGAUCUCACCAGACGGCCGGCUGCUUGUCGCCAUCUGCGAUGAUCCGUAUCUCUACAUCCACGAGAGGGUGCCCAAGCAGCAGCAGCCUACCGGGCAGGGCCUCUUUACCCGCAAAGAUGUCGUGAACUUUGAAUGGAAGCUCUGCGCCAAGACGCAUCUCAAGAGCCAGCGCAAGGAGGACCGUUCGGACCAGCGCGGCAGUUUCGCCGCCUGCUUCUCGAGCACGGGCCGUUACCUCGCAGUCGGCACCCAGUACGGCGUCAUCUCGGUCUUUGAGACGGCAGCCUUCACCGAGGGCGGCUGCGGCGACCCUCUCAUUACCACCUUUCAGUCUUCGCGGCCACAUGAGGAGUUUGGGGCGAUCCGAGAUAUGGCCUUCUGUCCCGGUCCGUUCGAUCUCUUGGCCUGGACGGAGCACCGUGGUCACAUUGGCGUUGCCGACGUGCGAAGUAAUUACGUCUCGCGGCAGAUCCUGGACCUUAGCGAGUACAAUGUAUAUGACCACCUGAUGGUCACCGAGAGGGGUUCCAUCGACCCGCGCCUGCUUGAGAGAAAUGAGCGGGGGGAGCUGGCACUUGCAGACACGGGCGAGUCCGCAGCACGGCGCGCGGCCACGCGACGACCUCCCUCUGACUACCACCCACCCUUGAAUGCGGAUGAGACGAUGAUCCUGGAGGCUCUCAUGGAGCAGCGGAGACGCCGAGACCAAGCUGCCACUCGUGGCACGUCAGC